AUGGAAGACUCAGAAGAAAAUGUUCUGGAAUUAUAUAAAGACACUACCGGUUGUAUACAGAUAACAUAUCUGGCCCCUCUUCCUUGCCUAUUUCAUCCUACAUUGACCGAACAUUCCACCCAUAUUCGACACGUACUCCUUUACGAGUUCGAAUCUGGCCACCCCGCCACUGAAGCCCAUCGAAACUUAAGUCAAGUAUUUGGCACUGAACCCGCUUCUGAGCGGUCUGUGCGUGCCUGGUUCCAGCGCUUCAAAGCCGAAAACAAGAAAAUCGAAGAUGAGCCUCGCUCUGGUCGACCGACUGCAAUAUCGUUCGACGAACUGAACAAUCUGGCGGAGCGUCACUCAAAUGAAAGUGUGAGGUAUUUUGCUGCCAGUCUUGGCUGUUCGCUCUCCACCGUGAGCAAUGGACUGCGAUCUCUCGGAGUGGUGAAAAAGCUCGGUCGGUGGCUCCCACAUGCAUUGAGCGACAAAGACGUUUGGACAUCUGCACUCAGCUGCUCUCGAGAAGCCGAAGAUUCGACUGACUGGACACCAUUGUUACUGGAGAUGAAAAAUGGGUCCUCUACGUCAACCACAAAUCACAAACGUGCGUGGUGCGCUAGCGAUCAAAUGCCGGAUCCCUUCGUGAAAGGUGAAAUCCAUGAGAAGAAGGUCAUGCUGAGCGUCUGGUGGGGAGUUCGUGGAAUCUACCGUUUCGAACUGCUGCCAGACAACACGACAGUUACUGCCGAGGUCUACUGCGCUCAACUGCAAAGGCUGGCCGAUAAGAUCUGCAAGUAG